AUGAGUCGUCCUAUUUUGCCAGUGAACCGGUAUGUCGAACGCAAAGCCGUCAAGGAGGGGACGUGCUUCAUCUGUGGAUACUUUACGCCAAGCAUAUUUGUCACGGAGAACGAUGCGCCUCGCGACUGGUUCUUCGUGUGUCCAAAGCACACCACUGAAACGAGCUUCUGCACGCUUAUCGAGGGGGGGCAAGUACCAGAGCCCGCACAGGACGUGGACGGGAUGAAGGAGCCAGAGGUGAAGAAAAAGGAGAAGUCGGACGGCAAGGACGCAAAGGACGAAACCAAAAAGGGCAGCGAAAGGGAGGAAGACUCAAAGUCGCCCACGCCGCCCCCUGCGCCGGCUGCUCCCACGCGCAAGGUCUAUACGCUGCACCGCGACUACAUGUACUUGCGCCAGCGCCCGUUUAUCCAGCGGUGGGAGAAAGAACAGGCCGACCUGCUGGCCCAGCGCCUGCCCAGCGUGCCCAAGCACAGACCAUCCUGA